CCGUGCGGUGCCACGGGCCGCCCCCGCGCUCAAUGCCGCCUCUGUCCGCGCCUCGGGGCCGCCCGAAAGGGGCAUUGAGGGCCCGCGGGGAGCGCUGCCCGCCGCUGCCCGGCCCCGUGGCGGGGGCACGGCCCGGCUGGGGGGUCCCCGGGAGCUGCGAUGUCCCCGGGGCCGGGCAGGGUGCGGAGGGCACGCUGUGGGUCCCUGCGGUGGGCGCCCCGGGGGAGUGCGGCUUUGCCCGGUGUAGAUGUGACUGGGACGGACCGGGCCGGCGGCUGCUGCCGCUUGGUAGGGUGACGGUGUUGCGAUAUGUGUGGCUUUAGGCCCGGGCAGGUCCGGGUGCGUUCCCCGCGGAGCCGGGCGCUGCGCUUCCUGGUCAGGUGUCAGCGUCCUGCUCGGGCGGGGCUGCCACGUGUCCCCGCUGUCCCCGCAGGAUCAGGGUACGCUCACCAGCACAGCUGCGGGAGCUCCGCGUUCUGGAGGCUCUCCUCGCCCGCAGGCUGAUGCCCGUGCCGCCCUGCCAUGAGUCUAUGAGCCCGCUGCGGAUCAGCGUGGGUAGCCUGCCCGUCCUCGCGUCCAUGACCAAAGGUGCCGACCCCCGCUUCCGCCUGCGCUGGAGGGCCAUCGUGCUGUCCUCCGUCUGCGUGGGCUUCGUGCUGCUGCUCUUCUGCCUGCACCGCUCCCCGCCAGCACGGCCCAUCCCACUCAACCCGCACAGCCGGCACCUCCGGCUGCAGGUGGAGGAUCGCUACAAUGACACCUACCCGCUGUCCCCACCCCAGAGGAACCCCGAGGGCGUGCGCUACCGCAUCGGGGUCAUUGCGGACCUGGACACUCAGUCCCGGGGCUCCGAGGAGCACACUUGGUUCAGUUACCUGAAGAAGGGUUACCUGGUGCUGUCGGCCAGCGGGGACAGUGUGACGGUGGAGUGGGACAAAGAGGAGAGCGUGCUGCAGUCCCACCUGGCGGAAAAGGGCAGGGGCAUGGAGCUCUCAGAGCUGGUUGUCUUCAACGGGAAGCUGUACUCCGUAGAUGAUCGGACUGGGGUGGUCUACCAGAUCGAGGGCAACAAGGCAGUGCCCUGGGUGAUCCUCUCGGAUGGGGAUGGCACCGUGGGGAAAGGCUUCAAGGCGGAGUGGCUGGCGGUGAAAGAUGAGCACCUGUAUGUGGGGGGCCUGGGCAAGGAGUGGACCACCACCACGGGUGAGGUGGUCAACGAGAACCCUGAGUGGGUGAAGGUCGUUGGCUACAAGGGCGAUGUGGGCCACGAGAACUGGGUGGCAAACUACAACGCUCUGCGGGCUGCGGCUGGGAUCCGACCCCCAGGUUACCUGAUCCACGAGUCGGCCUCCUGGAGCGACACGCUGCAGCGCUGGUUCUUCCUGCCGCGCCGCGCCAGCCACGAGCGCUACAACGAGAAGGCGGACGAGCGGCGCGGCACCAACCUGCUGCUCAGCUCCAGCCAGGACUUUGGGGACAUCACGGUGGGACGCGUGGGCGAGGUGGUUCCCACUCACGGCUUCUCCUCCUUCAAGUUCGUCCCGGACACAGAUGAUCAGAUCAUCGUGGCACUGAAAUCGGAGGAGGACAAUGGCAAGAUCGCCAGUUACAUCAUGGCCUUCACGCUGGAUGGGCGCUUCCUCCUGCCUGAAACCAGGAUUGGGAGCGUGAAAUACGAGGGCAUUGAGUUUAUUUAACAGACUUGAGACCAGAGGGGCGAGGGAGGAUGGGAGGGUGCAGGCCGGGCCCUGCUGGUGUGCUUGGAGCACACGGUGUGCCUCCCAGCCCAGGGACGCGUGAAGCACUCCCAGCUCUGUAGUUGGCGUCCCGUGUAAAGCAUUGGCUUUGCUGCAGCGUCCAUGGUGCGAGUGUUUCGGCAGUGGCACCUGGUGGCAAAGGACUGCCACCACAGGGUGCUGCUCCCUGCCACCACAGGGUGCUGCUCCCUGCCACCAGCCCGGGCUCGGCUGCUGAAGCAGUCAAGGCAGUGAGGUUUCCCUGCAGUGCAGAUGUUGGUGCCCAGAGCCUCUGCAUGGAGUCAGUGGCUCUGGUGACAGCCACGCUCUGGAUUUGCAACCAAGGAGGGAGUUCAGCUCCUCUGCCCCUGUGCCAGCCUGGUGCCCAGGGCACCGUCCUCACAUCCCUGCAGUGCUGAGCUGUGGUGCUGCAGCUGUGCUGUGGAGCCUCACCUGAACUGCCUGGGGAUGGGCUCUGACCUGGGCCCUGGGGUCCCUCCACACCCACAGCGUGUUCUGGCGGGAGAGUCUCUGCUCUGCCUCCCCAGCAGCUUACUCGGAGCUCACAGGGUAUGUGGAGACAAAUGUCUUCAGGAAAGGAGUGUGUUUGAGCGGGGACACUGGCCAGGUCCUACCCUGUUUCUGGUUCUCAUGGGGUCAGGACGUUCACUGGGGCCAUGGCCACAGCAGGGUGACAGCCAGGGCAGGGCGAGCUGAGACAUCACAGCUGCAGGGGAUUUCACCAGGAUGUUUCUCACUGCGUUAGCUGUUUUUCCUUCCCCUUUUGCAUAAAUGGUGCAGCAGAUGUUUCGGUAA